CACAGCACAGCCUCGUUACCUAUGCAGAUCUCCAGACAACGAGCCUGCAAGGAUGGACUUUGCCUCCCCAUUCCCCUCCUCACAGGGAUGUCUCAGCUUGUAAUCAUUAAUGAACUCUCCUGUGAUGGAAGAGUGACUGUGCAGCCCAGAUAUCACUCAGAGCUUCUUUGGGGAACCAGGAGCUGCUGAAAAUGUCGAGCAGGUAUCACAAAGCAGCGGCCGAUGGCAACGUGGACCUGUUGAAAGAGGCCACCAGGAAAGACCUCAACACUUCUGAUGAAGAUGGGAUGACUCCCACCCUUCUGGCAGCCUACCACGGGUACCUGGAAGCUCUGGAAGUCAUUUGCCGGAGGGGGGGUGACCCGGACAAGUGUGACAUCUGGGGGAACACGCCCCUGCACCACGCUGCCUGCAAUGGCCACAUCCACUGCGUCUCUUUUCUCAUCAACUUUGGUGCCAACAUCUUUGCUCUGGACAACGACCUGCGCACUCCCCUGGAGGCAGCUGCCAGCAGGGACCGCAAGGAGUGUGUCCAGAUCCUGGACAAAGCUGCCACUGAGCAGAACUUGCUGAAUCCAAAGAAGGUCACCAAACAAAAGGCACAGGCCCAGAGGAACGUCGAGAGACAAAUCAAGGAAUGUGAGAAGCGCCAGGAGAAACACCAACAUGAAAUGAACCGGAAUUACACUAAAGAAAAGGUUGGCACGGUGAAUUCUUCCAAAGGAACGCACUCCAGGGUAAAGUUGCCCGGUCUAUUUGCUUCAAAUCCUACAAGUACUUUAACCAAAAACCUGAAAGAUACCCUGAAACUCAAGGCAAAAAAGACAGCCGACAGCACAAGAAGGCAGGAAACACAAAGAAAUUACCAAGAGGAUGAUAUGGGUAGGAAAAGUGUGAUGCAUUUGUUUGAUGAGAAAGAGGAGGAUGAAUUACUGAAUGACCUUGGAGAGAGAAACCUUGCUGGUAAUGACAGUCAGCUCUCCAUUUUUCAGCGGCCAGGUCUUGGCAAGAUUGUGUUUGGAAGGAAUUUGGCUGCAGAGGUAAAUCCUGAAACUGUGUCUUCUGAGAAAGAAGAUAUAAGAGUUACAAUAGCCAGUGAGCUCUUUCAGUAUGAAAAUACUGAGAACGGCAGGGAAGAUGACGUUGAAAACAGUGCUGAUGUCCCUUGGAAUGAGGAAGAAGUUGUUUGGGAUGAUGAGGAAACAGAGAAUACGCCCCUUGAGGUAUUUCUGGCAUCACAAAUGCUGGAUGAGUUUCUUCCAGUCUUCAUGAGGGAAAAAAUUGAUUUAGAUGCCCUGAUGCUAUGUUCUGAUGAAGAUCUACAGAGCAUUCAGAUGGAGCUUGGGCCAAGAAAGAAAGUCCUGAAUGCUGUGAAUAAAAGAAAACAGGCACUCGAGAACCCUGGAAAAACUAUAGACACUUGCUUAUAAAUUAUCAUAACUGUUGUUGUAACCUCCACACUGAUUCAUUAUCUUUCCCUUUCUCCAAAGAGUGGUCAACUCUUUUCAGAAGUCUGCUAAAGCAAAAGGCAGAGAGAUUACCAAUUUCCUUAGGAAGUACAGCAGGAAUAAAAAUUUUUCUCUCUGGAUGGGUAGUUGUGAUGAAUGGGAUAUUAAGUAUAUUCUGCCAAAAAGCAUGAAUGUGAAGGUAAAAAUCAAAAAGCUUUUUCUCCCUGAACUGUUUAUGUGGAUUGGAUUUGUUUUGGUCCAGAUAAUUUCAAGUAUCAAUGAAAGCCAGGCCUGCUGCAUUCCUUAAUAAAGCCCUUCCAUUCUUCUCCAAAACCACAAUGCAAAGAGCAGUUUCAGAGCUGGAGAGCUUUGGGUUUUCUCCAUUCACUUCUUUGGGAUCAGUAAAACCACUCUUCCUAGUACUGAUGGAACGUUAGGAAAGGAAUCUGGAUCUUGAUUUUAGCUGUGGUUUAUUGACUCUAAUCACCUCUGAAUUAAUGUAAAUAAGACUAAUUUACAGCAAGUUUCAUAUAUUUGUCAGUAAAGUUUUUGCUUCUGUAUUGACAAUAAUUUAAAAAUACAUGAAGUAGCUUCCCAAGACAUGUUCAGUGUGAGUUGUAUAUUCCUUUCUUGUCUCAUUAGACUGGAUCCAAUUGCCAGUACCCAUCAUGUCCUAAAUGUCAUCAAGGCUGCAAUACUUUUAACUACAAGUAGCUGAGGUUUAAUUUUCAGAAUUUUGGAUCUAUUUUGGUAUAACCCCAGCUUGGUUCCUAUAGGCUGCAUUUUUCAUGCAAAGUCCCAGAAAUGAGGAUUUAUAUCACACCCCAUUUUCUGUGGGCUGUUGUCAGCCUUAGCCUGAGAGCUGUGUAUCACACACACAGCUCAUGAAAAUAAAAAAAGAAAAUGAGCUGUGCUGCUGUGGAAGAUCCUGCUCUUCACACUGUAUCUGCAGGCAUUCACAGCAGGGUUCUCCUGUUCUCUUGGGAAGCCAGCACUAUCAGAUACAAAUUAAUCAUUCCUGUAGAGUUUUGUGAAUCUAAUGAAGUGCUUUUAGGAGCCAUGCUCUGGCUAAGAUCACAGAUUCUAGAUGUACAUUCAUUAGCAGAACAUUUAUCUCUAAAGCUCUUUUUAUAUCUUUCCAUUAGCCAGCUAUGAGUUUUUCCUUAGGGGUAUACUGCAUUUGUGGAUGCUAAUCCUGGUUAAUGAUCUGUUUUUUCAUGUUUCUUCUUUCCAUGUAAUCUUGUGACUGUGAUUUGUAUAUUAUAAUAUCUUUUCUUCGAUGAACUUUAUACUGCAUUCUUCCCUGCUUGGAUUCCUGGACACCGCAGGUUGAUAUGUUCUUGUAUUAAGCAAUCACAUCAAAAGCCCGUUCUGUACAACUUUCCAUGGUUGCUUUUCCUACUCAUGUGCUUUGCUGUUUUCAGAUUUUAUCAACCCCUUUGUUUCCUUUAGAGUUUGGAAGCACUGGACUCAUUUCAGUUCAGUUGGAGAGUCUUUAUGUAUCACAUGUGCAAUGCUACAGCAGAAGCCAAACCCAAAUCAUAAAACCAGGCAAUCUCACACAAGCACAGCCCUGCCAAGUACAAGGUUCUCCUUCCUUAAGGAUUUAAUACUCUGCCCUGAACAGACAUUAAGAAAAUGUGCAGCAUGGGACAACUGAAAAGCUGAGUAUCACAGAGGAACAGGGAACUCCCUAUUUCUUCCAUUUACAUUCAGUGAUCACAUUUACUGAGAGAGCAGUCACUGCAAUAACAUGAAUGCUUUCUUUCUUGUCAUCAAAUAAAUCAACCACAAACCAGAAAAGAAAUGGACAACAAAAUGAGUGUCAAAGAAAAACAGCAGUAUCUAUUUAAUUUUAAUAUAAAUGCAAGUUACACAAUUUCAUGAUCCGUUAGUUUGUAAGAGAAGGAAACAUAGAAAUUGAUGCUAUUAUUUCCCCUCAGAAAAUUUAAAGGUGGCAUCCAAGCAAUUCCCAUUGUAACUGAACCAAAUCCUCUUCAUGAUAUCAGAGGUACAACACUGAAGCCAGGUUCCCAAAAUCUCCCACUGCCAAUGAAGCUGAGAACAAUGUGGGUUGUCAGAAUCAGAUCUUUGGACUGGCUCAAUUUAUUUUUUUAAAGUGCAUAGUCUGUAGAGGAGUACAUGUGAAAACAAACUGGACUUGUCUUCUUCCCAAACACUACAUCUCACUUCAAAUUUAAAAUAUGGUAUAACAGUGGCUCAGAACAGGGAUAAUACUGUCAUAAUUAUUAAUUGCAAUUUUCCAUGGUGUUGAAUAAUGGAGCAUCAUGCUUACCUCAGUUUAGCAUAGUUCUAUAUGAAUAUACCAACAAACAACAAAUUAAGUCAACACAAACUUCUGAACACCUCAGAAAUUACAGAGAAGAAACAAGACGUAAAAACAGAAGAGUAAUUUUGCUACAAUUUAAACACAGAAGCUCACAGAGAAAUUUCUGUUAUUUUUUCUGAUGGAAUAAACAGGAUCAGUGGAGUUCAGUCUGGAUCCACAUGAAACAUCUUUCAGGCCUAUCAGUGGUCUGGUACCUUUCUAUGCUACGUCCACCACUUAGUACAUUUUCCAACUAGCUUACAACUGGGAGUAUUAUUUACAUCACACCUGCACUGUACUCAUUAACCUCUCCUACACUUACAUGCACCCUCCAGGGCUUUAAUGCCAGCUGCUCCUGACCCUCGUUCCUGUUGCUCUGCUCUAUUCUACUGGCAUGUUAUAAAAUGCCCUGUCAUCCAACUCUUCCAUAGCAUGAAGAAACACUUAAUAGCCUGCAUGAAAUAAUAUGUAAAUGGAAAUUAAAUUUCACAAAGCACAACUUGUGAGCCUGAGACAGGAAUUUGUUUCCAGGGCAAUAGCUGUUUUUCAGCAGAUGCUCACUCUUUUGCAAGGCAGUUGAAUAACAGCACAAAACUGGAACUUUUCCUUAUGUCACUGGGUUCCUCUGCCAGGAAAGGAUCAUGAAAAUUCCUGCCCCAGCUAAUAUCUGUGAUAAUAGAACAAUUAGCAAUUGAAGCAUGGUACAGCCAAACUGAAAAUAUUUGCCUGUAUACUUGAAAUCAGUUCCAGCCUCCAAGAACCUUAGAAAAACAACUUAGAGGCACCAUAGAU